AUGGACAGGAUGAGAGAAACGAGGAAAGGUGAUAAGGGUCCCGUGACCACUCCCACGCAACGUCGGUCGCGGAGCUCCAUUGGACCCAAAGAGACUCAAGAUGCCGGGCAUUCCACACCCGAUGGGUCUGGACUUGAGAGCCACGGCUCACGGGGAGGAGGAAUCGCAAGAGGUGACACAAGCGGAGGUGGUGGUAUCGAGGGAUCCAGUCGACACUCCGUCGACAUUGGCGGCGGGAAUAAUGUUGGAGCUGGUACUAGCGCGUACAACUCUACGGGGGCUAAUAGCCGGAAGCGAGACAAACCGAGGGUAGGCUCUGGAGGAUCCAACGGCUCAAAGACGAAGCGCAAGCGGAGUGCUUCCGAGGCCGUUUCCCCCUUCUCCCCUCAAGCGGACGAGGAGGAAGAGGCCACUCCGCCACCAGGCGCAGGCGCGGGGGCCGGGGAGGCCGCGGGGAUUAGCGCGCAUGGUGAUUCCCCCGCGCCCGGGGAUCCGCGCGAGGAUUCCCCCGCGGGCUCGAGGCGUCCGCCGAAGUUCCGCCUUCCAGGGUCGAAGCUCGAGUCGAUGGAUGAAAACGGUCCCGUCACUCUCACAGCAGUGCCUCGCCGCACACGCACUGCCAAGGUGAAACGGUCGUCCGAGCCCCAUCACCUGGACGUCACGCCUCGUUGGGACGACGCGGCCACCUCUGCAGCAGCGGCAGCUGGUGGUGCUGAUAGAGCCUUCCCAGGUGGUGGUUCCUCUGGGGGCGGGGCAACACAUGUAGGAUGGCGCUUAGGUCAGGAGCUCGCUGCCUCUGGUGGUGGGGGUGCAGCUGAGGCUGGGGAGGGAAUAGCAGGUGGGAAAGCGGGCGGUGGGCAUGGGGAAGGGGACGGAGCGUUUGCAGGGAGAGGGAGGGGAGUGAGAGGGCUGGGUCGAGGGGGACGAGGCGGGGGACGAGGAGGUGGAGGGGGCGGAGGAGGAGGAGGGGGAGGUGGGGGAGGAGAGGGUGGUGGUGUGGCGGGUGUGGUUAUUUCAGCAGGGGGAGAAGGAGAGGGGGGAAGGGGGGAAGGAGAGGGAGGUAGGGGAGGAGGUGGGGGUGGAAUAGAGGAAGGUACUGCAACUGGUGCAGGGAUAGCAGUUGGUGGCGUGGGCGCUUUUGUUAAUAUUGCUGCCGAGGCGGGGGCAGGGGGAGCAAGGGGGAGGGAGGGGAGGGCAGCGGGCGAGGAGGGAGGGGGGCGAGGGGCGGAAGGGGAGAUGGGGGAAGAGGAGGUGUGGCUGGGCAGGCUGGGGCAGGAGAAAAAGUCAAGGGACGUACGGCAAAGGUGA